UUCGCUGGCGGUGUUCUCCUAGAAAACUCCCGGUCCCGGAAUCUUGGUAGAUCGAUCGUACAAUCCCGGUGGAGUGGGAAAUGGAAUCCGAAAGGAGUGAAGUGGACGAGCGGUUAAUCGCGCGCUUCAAUCAGGAGUUGGAUGCCGAUCUAAAGAAUCUGCACAAAUGCUCCGAUCUAGUCAAGUUUUAUCGAUCCGAGUUGGAAGAUCUAAGGGAUCGGAUCACGGUAACCGCGGACGAUUGCAUUCCGAGCGUGAAGAGUAUGGUCGAGACCAGUCGAUCGAAGCUACAGGAGCUGGAAUCGAAGGAGGCCACGGUGGAUGAGUACGAGGAGAAGAUUGUCCAGCGGAUCGAAACACACCGGGAGCUGAUGGACGAAAUUGGUGGGAGUCUGGAACGGAUUCGAGAGCUACAGACGGUUCGGGACUAUCUGACACUCGUGCAGGACAUCCAGCACAUAAGCCAAGAGCUGGAGGUAUCGGUAAACGGGAAGGAUGAUGCCAAACCGGUUGCACUUUACGUUGCCCUGGCCGGUCCGAACAGUAUUCUCGAUCGUCUCCGUGGCAUCGAGGCACCGCAGCUUAAAAUGUACGCCCGCAACACCGCCUUCCACUGGCACGAGGCGCUGCGGGCCAAGUACUCGACCGAGUUCGACGCUCUGCUGAAAAAGAUCCGCUGGCCGAACCUAAACCAAUCGCUCGAACAAUUCAAUCCAUCAAAGGAACACAUCAGCAAGCUGGUGCAGCUGUCGGAGCAUCUGUUUCUGCUAAAGCUGCCGCCCGGCGAUCAGGAGCUGCUGAACGUAAAGCUAACUCCCUGGAUCAUCUGUCCACCGUACUCGGCUCCGGUGGAGUUGUUUGUGAAACCGUUCCGGUUGCGUUUUCAGUUUCACUUCACUGGCACAAAGCUAACAAAUCGGAUGGACCGCCCGGAAUGGUACCUCACGCAGGUGCUCACGUGGGCGAAGGAGAAUCACAUUUUCGUCGGUCAGCACUUUCAGUCACCGGCCCUUCGGGCGGGCAUAGCGGACAGUAGCGUGAGGCUUGAAUUCGUGAGGGGUCUUGUGCAGUUGGCCGUGGAGAAGCUGAUCGUUGAUAUCGAACACAUUGUGCGAGACGAGGCACUCUUUGCUCAUCUCAUCGAUGAGGUGCUGGCCUUCGAAACGGAGCUACGGAACACGCUAGGCUACCCGAACAGUUUACCAAGCGUGAUAGCGGUCCUCCUCCAACCGGUUUACUUCCUCAAGUGGAUGGCCAUCGAGGAGAAAUUUACCACGGACAAAAUGGACGCAAUGCUGAAUACCGACUCGGAGGAUCCGUUCGAACUGCUCGAUCCGGCCAACUUGGACGAGCUCAAGAUUCCCAAGUGUGCCGAUCAGUUCGCACGCCUGCUAGAUGCAAUAAAGGAACGCUACUGCGGUCUACCACAGCCCGGCCAACAGCUUCAGUUUCUCGAUCUGCAGCUCAAACUGAUCGAUAACUUCCGGCGCCGGCUAGUGCAGCUUUACAAUGAUAGCGCGAUGGCGGUCAAUCCAACGAAAAUCAUCAACGCCAUCAACUACCUUACGUCGGUGCUGCGCGAGUGGGGUGAAAAUGUGCACUAUCUGCAUCUGCAUGCGGCGCUGCAUGGUACGGACUCGCAAGACAUAAGCUCCGUGUUCGAUCGUACGAUUGAAGAACUCGAUCACUGGCAGCGUACGCUGGUGCAGCGGAUAGUAACGUGGGUGGUGUACGAAAUCACUGCCCGCUCGAGACCGUACCGGCACGAUCUGUGGCCUUCGAUGGCGAUGCACGAUGUCAAGGAAUCGCUCACGUUAUCGCCGACGGCGAGCGAAAUGUUUCAAACAAUCAUCAACCUACUGCACGAUCUGGACCACGAACUGUCGUCCAACGUGUUCACCAUUGUGCUGCGCAUAGUUGCUGGCCAGCUGGACGAGUGGCUGCUGACGAGCAUGAUCAUGAACACCAAGUUCUCGACUGGCGGUAUCCAGCAGUUCCAUUACGAUAUGACGCGCAAUCUGUUUCCACUGUUUGGCCAGUAUGCACUCGAACCGAAACUGUUGUUCAAACGGAUCAAUGAUGUCUGCGUGCUAUUUACGCUUCCACUCGGUACGGCCGUACUGCUGCGUGAGACACUACGCGGUGACACAACGGACAGUGAGGAUAUAACGCGAGCCCUUCGGGAGGUGGGCAUGACGAUCUUCAAUCGUAGCACCGCACUCGAAGUGCUCGAUCGAAGGAAUGAUAUGCCGUCGACUGUUUAACCAAAAAGAUUCCAGAUCGUUCAUAAACACAGCGUUAGGUGAUUAAUCGGGGAGCAAGGGCAAAAGUGAAAUAUUUUGUUAAAUAAUAUUUAUUUGUUUU